CACUUUCGAAUAGUGUGACUCGACUCAACGGCGGAGCGCACGUUCUUCUUUUUCACUUACAAAUAGCACGAUUCGAUGAUAAAUCGAAAAAACUUUUAUUUUCGAUCUGUACGAUGCGCGCAAGACGAACUUUUUUCGUAAUUUGAAUAUAAAUUUGAAAUAUAUCCGGCCGUGGAUACGCACUCGGGAUAAAUGCGCACGUCAAAUGCCACGUUGUAUCGUGCAAGCCAAUAGGGAUUAGUGUGAUAUCGUCCGCGCGAUCAUACCAGUGACCGCUGAUGUGUCGCCGGUAGGAGAGAUAUUCUCCUCCUGCCAAAUUUUCUAUAGCAUCAAUUUUCUAUAGCAUAUCAGCCUUCCUCGGAGUUGUCAGCGAUGAAGUCUAAGCUUUACAUUACAUUCCUGCUUCUUUCCGUCUUAUGCUUAAGCUAUGUCGCCUGUCAAUAUAGGACAAAAAACAAUCAAGGCUCCUCCUUGGCGGAGCGCGUGCAACAAUUGAUGGAAAUGGCUGUGAAGAGAUCGGUGCUGAAAUUCAAUGGGCCGAAAUUUAAACAGUAUAUUAAAGCUACUCCGAGGAACUACUCUGUCAUAGUUAUGUUUACUGCUAUGGCACCUCAGAGGCAAUGUCAGAUUUGCAGACAUGCCAAUGAUGAGUUCACAAUAGUAGCAAAUUCAUUUCGGUAUUCCCAAGUAUAUUCCAACAAGUUGUUCUUUGUCUCUAUUGAUUUUGAUGAAGGAUCUGAUGUAUUUCAGUUGAUGAGGUUAAAUACUGCACCAGUGUAUAUGCAUUUCCCACCAAAGGGCAAACCAAAGCCUGCUGAUACUAUGGAUAUCCAGAGAGUAGGAUUUGCUGCAGAAGCGAUAGCUAAAUGGAUCAGUGAGCGAACAGAUAUUCAGAUCAGGGUAUUUAGACCACCAAAUUAUUCUGGCACAAUAGCAGUAGUAAUGCUGCUGGUUCUCAUAGCAGGUUUCCUUUAUCUCAGACGUAACAACUUGGACUUUAUUUACAACAGAACCAUCUGGGGGCUUGGCGCUUUGUUCUUUGCGUUAACUAUGACUUCUGGACAAAUGUGGAAUCAUAUUAGGGGACCACCUUUCAUCCACAAAUCACCAAGUGGAAAUGUAGCUUAUAUUCAUGGAUCCUCACAAGGGCAGUUUGUACUGGAGACUUAUAUUGUUAUGAUUUUAAAUGGAGCAGUGGUGUUAGGAAUGAUUUUAAUGACCGAGUCUGCAGCUCGUAAAGGCGAUGUUAAAAAGCGCAGGAUAUUUGCUGUGAUAGGCUUGGCGUUAGUUGCAAUUUUCUUUAGUCUUCUCCUGUCAAUUUUCAGGAACAAAGCUCAAGGCUACCCAUAUAGCUUACUAUUCAAAUAACUAAUUCAUAUAGGAAAGUAUUUCUACAUGAUCUCCAUUAAACAACAGGAAAUUUCUGCAGCUUAAUAUGGAAUGAAUUGAACUAGAAAGAUUUUUUUACAAAGGAUAAAAUGUUAAUAUUGUUACAAAUGUAUCAUUAUUUUCGUCUUUAUUACAGUAUACGUAAUGUAAAAUAAU